AUGGUUUCGUUACAACAUUGGUCUAUAUUAUGCCGUUUAGUUGGUUCCAGUGUGAAAAUCAAUCAAAACUUUAUCCGGCAUGCACGGGUUAUUCCAAUUCCGGAUCCUAUGCCUUAUACAACAGCUAUAUGGCGAAAACGAUAUCCAUACAGACAUCGAGGACAAUUUGAGGUACAUCAUGAUGAGACAUACACGAAAGAUAUGGAACUUAAAACAUUAGCAGAAAGGAAAAAAGAAUAUAAUCCAAAUCCUUUAAAUGUGAAAAGUGUCAAUAUUGGUGUUCCCCACAUUCCCAUUAACGAAAAACUGCGCAAAGAAGAACAUAAAAAACGUAUAGCACACUAUACUGCUCAACGAGAACGUGCUGAUUUAAAAAAACAACAUUAUGAUGGCACACUACAAUUGCCAUUAGACGAAGUUCGACAAGAUUUUGUCAAUAGUUCUAUAGCUCGUCUAACAGUUCAUACGAUAGCGGAACAUUAUAAUAUUUAUCAAGAUUUAUUUAAACAUGGCUAUUUUAUACCACAAAUUAUGUUAAAUAUAGUUUAUCCAUAUCAGAAUGAUGAAGUCACACCUGUUUUUUCAGGAAACAGACUCUAUGCUAAAGAUGCUAGUAAAAAACCGUUUGUUGAAUUCACUAGUCCGAAUGAAACAGAUUUAUUUACAUUGGUCUUUACAAAUUUAGAUGGUCAUCUUCAACAAGAUGAUUCAGAAGUUUUACAUUGGUUUGUUGGUAAUAUUCCUGGUUCUCAAAUCGACAAAGGUGAAACGCUGUGUUCGUAUCUACCACCUUUUCCACCCAAUGGUACAGGAUGGCAUCGAUGUGUUUUUGUUUUAUACAAACAAAACGAAAAAAUUAAUUUUACAGAAAAAUAUCAACAACUACCAGGCGAAAGCGUUAGUCUUGAGAAGAGGACAUUUCGAACAUCUGAAUUUUUCGAUAAAAUGCAUAAUUAUUUAAGACCAAUUGGUUUAUCAUUUUUUCAAUGUCAUUGGGAUUCAAGUGUCAAAGAUGUAUUUCAUCAUGUGCUAAAAAUGAAAGAGCCUCAUUAUGAGUUUGAUUUUGAAGCACGUCAUUUGCCACCACAAGAAUUUUCUGUUGAAUAUAAACCAUUCAAUUGGUAUUUGGAUCAAUAUCGUGAUCGAAAAGAUGUUAACGAAGAAGUGAUUAAACAUUAUUUAGAAGUUACAUGUCCAUUUAAUGGUUAUCCAAAGAUUUCCAAAUAUCUUGUAGCUGUACCAAAUGAAAAAUGGUUCCCAGAUUGGUAUAAAUAUGAACGAGUUCGAUAUCAUAAACGUCAAGGAAAAUGGGCAAUGAUGCCAUUCUAA